GGCAUUCCUUAUCCGGUCUUUCCACCAAACGGGCGUACUAUUCGUGUUGCACGGGUCGAUAUCGCAGCUCGUCUUAUUUACCCUUUCUUCUACGUCUAUGUGAAUCCCGAAUUGCGUUCUGUGAUUCAAGUAAAACAACUGAUUGGUUCAAUGUUUGGUGAUGGUCAACGGGCAGCGGUGGCAUCCCGAUUAGUGCUGGAACGAGAUGCGCAAACGAAUGGUUUAGUAUUGCUUGACUCACCAGCUACGAACUUCGCCGAGUUGCUUCAGCAGUGCUUUUCGGGAGUGCCACUGGUAUAUUGCGAUAGUGGCUCAAAAGGCGAUUCCGUUGCCGAAGUUGACGAAGAUAGAAAGAAACCGCUGAACGAAAGCAUAAUGUUUGCUGUCCUGGAUCGAAAGAAAUUUGCUCAAGUCUUAUUGGUGGAGUUGCCCCCGCAAGGUUCGUUUUACAAAAUGCAUCUGUUCAAUUAUCGCUCUUCAAACGGGAUGCAGGGAACGAGUUGUUGUUCACGAUAG